AUGGGUGUGAGCUACUUGUCCAUUUCGGCAGUCUCGACUGUUUUGAGUUUUGUUGGCCUUCAAGUUUGGACAGUAAUAUCUCUUGAGCAAUUAAGAUCUGAUGGGUUGAUUGGUGACAGUUCCUUUAGUACUGGGAACGCUAUCCAUGCAUUGGAUAAGCUUUUUAGUUCACAUGCCACAAUUGCAUUGGCCGCAAAUUUUGCACUUAAUGUUUUUAUACUGCUGAUUUUGUGUCUCAAGACUAUUUUCUUUUCAGAGUUGUAUUCAUCUGAAGUUCGAAAAUUAGUUGAACGCCUUAUUAAUUAUGUUAUCUACAAGGGAACUUUUCUUCCACUUGUUGUCCCACCCACUGUAUUUCAAGCUGGCUUAUGGUCAAUCUGGUUGACUGUUCUCUGUUCAUUGAAGAUGUUUCAAGCCUUAGCUAGGGAUCGGCUUGAGAGAUUGAAUGCUUCUCCAUCAGUGACCCCCUGGACAUACUUUCGUGUAUAUUCUGCCUUAUUACUGGUUUUCUCUGUUGAUAUGCUAUGGAUAAGGUUGUGUUUGGCAGUGUACAGCACAGUUAACUCUCCUACAUUUUUGUUGUUAUUCUUUGAGCCUCUAAGCAUUGCAUUUGAGACACUGCAGGCCAUCGUGAUUCAUGGAUUUCAGUUGCUUGAAAUAUGGUUGCAUUCUUCACGAGAUGGUGGUAAUUGUCGAAUGUCCAAACUCUUUGAUUUGUCUGCAACAGGAUCAUUGGGGGAGUGGAAAGGCAUUCUGAAUAGGAACUUUGGCUUUUUCCUGGAUAUGAUGACAUUUUUUAUGGCUCUAGCUCAUUACUUGCAUAUUUGGUGGCUUCACGGCAUGGCAUUUCAUCUUAUUGAUGCCAUCCUUUUCUUAAAUAUACGUGCAUUACUGAGUGCGAUUUUAAAUCGUAUCAAGGGUUUUGUUAAACUGAGAAUAGCAUUGGGAACCCUUCAUGAUGCGCUUCCAGAUGCGACAUUGGAAGAACUCCGGGCUUAUGAUGACGAGUGUGCUAUUUGUAGGGAACCUAUGGCGAAGGCUAAGAAGCUUACUUGCAAUCAUCUUUUUCAUCUAUCAUGCUUGCGAUCUUGGUACUACUAA